UCCUCGCGGACGGCCCGUGAAACGGAGGCUGUUCGCCGCCCCGGCAUGGCGAUCACAAGGCAAGUGCUUUGUCUCGCUGCUCUCCUUUCCCUGCCGCACGCGCGCUCCGAGCCCCUCCGCUACUCCGUAGCCGAGGAGGCGGCGAGCGGCUCCGUGGUAGCCAACCUAGCGGAGGACGCGGGGCUGGCCCCGGGGCAGCUCUCGGUUCGCCGCGCCCGCCUGGCCCCGCAGGACGGCCCGCAGCGCUUUCGCUUAGACCGCGGCACCGGCCGCCUCCUAGUGGCGGAGAGGCUGGACCGGGAGCAGCUGUGCGGACAGUCCUCUACCUGCACUCUCCCCUUCGAGCUGCUGCUGGCAAACCCCCUGCAGAUCUUUCGGGUCGAGGUGGCCGUGCAGGACAUCAAUGACCAUUCGCCCGUUUUCCCGGAGGAGCAAGCCACUUUUCAGAUCCUGGAAACGAGCAACCCGGGGUCGCGUUUCCCUCUGGAGGGAGCUCGGGACCUGGAUAUCGGCAGCAACAGCAUCCAGGCAUACAGCAUCGCUCCCGAGAACGAGUACUUUAGUGUCUCCUUUGGGACCCGAGUUAAGGACAAGAAGUAUGUUGAACUGGUCUUGGAAAAACCUCUGGACAGAGAAGAGCAGACAGAAGUGGGUUUCAGUCUCAUUGCUGUGGAUGGGGGCUCUCCACCCAGGAGUGGGACCACCCAGAUCCGCAUUGUGGUUCUAGAUGUGAAUGACAAUGCUCCCGUCUUCACUGAGGAGGUGUACAUUGGGCAGGUUUUGGAAAACACACCAGAGGGCUCUGUGGUUCUGAGAGUGGUGGCAACUGAUCUGGAUGCAGGACCUAAUGGGGACAUUUCCUAUCAGUUCAGCCAAAUGGUGGGCCAAGGCCACUCACCAUUCUCCAUUGACCCUAAGACCGGUGAAAUUAAACUGACAAAGGCUCUGGACUUUGAGGUGGCUGAGAAUCAUGAACUCAGUGUUCGGGCCACGGAUGGUGGGGGCCUCUCAGCAAUCUGCAAGGUGCUGAUGCAGGUGGUGGAUGUGAAUGACAAUGUUCCGGAGCUGGUGGUCAGUUCCUUCAGCAGCUCCAUCCCUGAGAAUGCGUUACCUGGGACAGUGGUUGCCCUUUUCGCUGUCAGGGACCGGGAUGCUGGUGCCAACGGGAAGAUCUCCUGUGCCCUUGAGGACCAGCUGUCAUUCUCCCUGAGGCCAGCCUAUGAGAAUUACUAUGAGCUGGUGACCGUGAGCCCACUGGACCGGGAGGAGAUGGCACGGUACAUCCUGACUAUCACAGCAGCAGAUACAGGGUCACCUCCUCUCACGACCACCCAAACCUUCACCGUGGAUAUUUCUGAUGUCAAUGAUAAUGCACCUGUCUUCAACCAGACAUCAUACACUAUGUAUGUGCGUGAGAACAAUGUCCCCACAGCCCUCGUUGGAGCUGUCAGUGCUUCUGAUGCUGAUGUGGGGCCCAAUGCCAAGGUGACCUAUUUCCUGACCCCAGUGCACCCCAUGGAGCGACAUUCUUGCUCCUGCAUCUCCGUGAACUCAGAAAAUGGGCAUGUGUCUGUGCUGCGGCCUCUGGACUACGAGCAGGUGAGGCACAUUGAGGCCUUGGUGACUGCCUCUGAUGCAGGGUCACCUCCUCUCAGUGCCAAUGUCACUGUUCGCCUUGUGGUGGUGGACGAGAAUGACAAUGCACCCUUGGUGCUGCACCCAGGCCAGGACAGCAGCCCACUGUCCAGCGAGCUCGUGCCCAUGUCAGCUGAGACUGGCUACCUCAUCACCAAAGUGGUGGCUGUUGACGCUGACUCCGGGCAGAACUCAUGGCUCUCAUACCACCUGCUGAGGGCCACCGACCCCGGGCUGUUUGUGGUGGGUGCUCAAAGUGGGGAGGUCCGGCUGAAGAGGCCAGUGACAGAAAGAGACGCUGUGAAGCAGAAGCUGGUUGUCCUGGUGCGAGACAAUGGGCGGCCACCACUGUCAGCCACUGCGGCACUGAGCGCAGUCCUGCUCAACGACUUCUCAGAUGUGCACCUACCACCUCGCCUGGGCACGGAGGAGGAGGAGGGAGGCUCCCUGACCACCUAUUUAAUAAUUUCCUUGGUCUUUGUUUCACUCCUUUUCGUUGCAUCCAUGGCAGCUUUUGUGGUUCGCAAGGUGUGCAAGGGAAAGGAUCUGAAGGGUGGGCAUGUGCUUUAUGGUGCUGGAGACCUGCAGAGUGGCCUGGCUGAUGCAGCUGCCAUGGGAACCCUGCCCCACCCCUAUUGCUAUGAGAUUAGCCUCACGACAGGCUCAGGCAACAGCGAGUUCAAGUUCCUGAAGCCCAUCCUCCCCAGCCUGCCACCACAACACUGUGCCAUGAGUAGAGGCACCAAUCAGGAAUUCCACCAUGGCCCUGUCACUGUAGGGGACAUAGCACCAGACAAUCCUGGGACACUCUCUGCAGAACAGUUCAAUAGUCUUUCCUUUAACUAGUGUGGAGUCAGCACAGCCAGAGCCUUCACACCUCGAGAUAUCAAAGGGUUCUGGGCUACAGUGUGUGGCCAUGGUUCCUCCAAGGCAAAUCUGCAUUUGUAAUUGUCAGUCAGGCAAGAAUAGGUUUCAUCUCUGUUACAGCCAUUACUGAAAUGCUUCAAUAUUGGGAUCAGGUCCAGAUCCCCCAGUUAACUUCUUGCCUUAUUUGCUCUUAGGCAAGGCUGUGGACCUCUGAUUCUGUGCUCUAAUUAAACGAUAAGGUCAGGCAGGCAAAUCCCAGGCUCAUUAAAAUGCACAUAGACCUUUUCCUUGGUCUGGAAAGCCAAGGAAUUAGUGAGUACUGUGUUGCAAUGUGGUGCAAGCAUGGGAAUCUUUCUUCCAUCUGUUCUAGGUGUCUCUGUCUGAGAUGGGUUGGUCCGUGUGUCUUGUCCUCUGGUCACUACAUCUGUCCACACAGCUGUUGUGUGUCUAUGUACGUUGCACAAGAGCUGCCCAGUGAAGCAGGGAGUUGCUCACACCUAUUGAGAUGUGCACAGACUCAGCUCAGCAGGCAAGAAGGGCCUUUUGACCCUUUGAGUACAGCAGCCUCAUCUUCUUUCAAGGAGAAGAGCAAGACACACAAGAUCUUCCUUAGGCCCAUGAGAAGGGGCUGGGUGGGAUGUCUCCUUGGGAUGGCAUUGAUAAUGGAGCAACAGACAGUGUUGGUAUAGACUGUUACUGUAUUGAGUUGUGAAAACACACUCAUUGUAUUUACAUGGAAUUAAAAAAACUCCACAAUUUUCUUCAAAGGAUUUUGUCUGAGGGGAGAACAGAGAUUGGAAAAUGGCUGUUGAGUUUAGUCUCAUUUUCCUUAAUUUAGAGGCUUAUUGAUGGGAAUGGAAACCUGUCCAAACAAGAUCUUCUGGGUUUGUGUUAGAGCAUUUGCCCUUCAUUGUCCUUUGUGAACCAUGUUUCAACAUUGUCUUAUCUCUUCCUCUUCAGAAGGACUGUCACCCCCUGUAUAUUAAUGAUUGUUUAACUGAUGGCAGUGUGGCAUGGAGUAUUUGGAAACCCUCAGGCUAUGUUGUGCUGCAGUGAUAACCUGUGCUGCUAUAAACUGGGAUACCCUUGUGUGUAAAACUGAAAUAAA